AAUGAGGGUGCCUGUGGUACUUCUGCUGGAACUCGUCCUUCUCAGCUGCAGAAUUGGAAGCAGAAAGUUAGUCGGAUGAAGAAAGCAGAAUUCAUACGCACAGCAGAAAAAUUAAAGAAUCAAGUUAUUGUCAUAGAAAAAGAUAAACACAGUCAUUUCUACAACCAAAGAGGUGACUUCAGAACUGAGCAUUGCAUGCUGGAAGAGUUGGAAAAUAAACUGAUAAACAGCAGGAAGACAGAAAGAGCAAAAAUCCAGCAACAGUUGGCCAAAAUACAUAACAAUGUAAAGAAACUUCAGCACCAGCUGAAAGAUGUGAAGCCUACACCUGACUUUGUUGAAAAGCUCAGAGAAAUGAUGGAAGAAAUUGAAAAUGCAAUCAAUACUUUUAAAGAAGAACAGAGACUGAUAUAUGAAGAGCUUAUUCAAGAAGAGAAAGCAACUAAUAAUGAGUUGAGUGCCAUCUCCAGGAAAAUUGACUCUUGGGCUUUGGGUAAUUCAGAAACAGAGAAAGCUUUCAGAGCCAUCUCAAGCAAAGUUCCUGUAGCCAGAGUGAUACCAAGUACUCUUCCAGAAGAAGUGAUAGAAUUUGAAAGGUUUCUUCAGCAAACAGGAGGGCGACAGGGGGGCUGGGAUGACUUUGACCACCAGAACUUUAUGAAACUGAGGAACAAACAUAAGGGCAAGCCAGCAUUUCUGAAGGAGGUUGUUGAGCACCUUCCUGGAAGAACACUGGAUGAGGUUCAGCAACAUGAGAAGUGGUAUCAAAAGUUCCUGGCUCUAGAAGAAAGAAAAAAAGAGUCUAUUCAAAAUUGGAAAACGAAAAAGCAGCAAAAGAAGGAGGAAAUACUGAAGUUAAAAGAAAAGGCAGACACUGCACCUAUGCCUUCUCAUAGCAAACCAGAAGACAAUCAAAAGCAGAAAGAGGAACAGAGAAAGAAGCAGAAACUGGCAGUUGAAGCUUGGAAAAAACAGAAAAGUAUAGAGAUGUCAAUGAAGCAUGCUUCCCAGCUCAAAGAAGAAGAAGAGAGAGAGAGGAAGCAGCAGAAAGAGCGUCAGCGGCAGUGUAAGUUAAAGCUGCUCUUAGAAAGCUACACCCAGCAGAAGAAAGAGCAGGAGGAGUUCCUGAGGCUUGAGAAGGAGAUAAAGGAAAAGACAGAAAAGGCAGAAAAAAGGAAAACUGCUGCUGAUGAGAUUUCCAGGUUUCAAGAAAGAGAUUUACAUAAACUCGAAUUAAAAAUUCUAGAUAGACAGUCAAAAGAAGAGGAAAAGGCAGAAAAACAAAGACGACUGGCCAAAUUAAAAGAAAAGGUUGAAAAUAAUGUCAGUAGAGAUCCUUCUAGGCUUUAUAAACCUACCAAAGGCUGGGAAGAGCGAACAAAAAAGAUAGGCCCAUCAGGCUCUGGGCCACUUCUCCAUAUUCCACACAGGGCCAUUCCAAGUUGGCGACAAGGAAUUUAGAGGGACUAUGAGAUAAUGUAAUUGCUAGUCACUUGGUGAGAAUGUUAGUAUUGCUAUUUCAGGAGUAGGUGAUUAACUUUGCUAUUUAAAUGUUACUAGCUUAGUGAGGUUGGUUAUUGUGCUGUAUAUGAAUUGAGAGGUUUUAAGUGUCACAUGGCAUUGUCAGUAUUUUGUUUCUACAGAGAUGGUGUAUGUUGGCCUAUACAAACAUUAUUCCAUUUAAAUACUCAAAAUAUUUCAAAGAUAUUUUGUUUUUAUCAUAUCUUAGUGAAAUAAUUUGGGAGAAUCAGUCUUUUUAAGCCAAAAUUUUGUAACUUUUAUAACUUGGAAGUAACUAAGCUUGAGUAACAAAACGUAAAGUGUCUUUUUAAAAAGAAUUGUUCAAUAACUUAGUACUUUUUCUAAGUUUAACAAAAUGGUAGUUUGUUGGUUGUUUCAUUUUUGUGUAAUGAAUAUUUUGUAUUUGAUUAAAGCAUGCUUUGUUUUAUAUGGAGACUAUUUUAAAUAACCUCCCUUGCUACAUGUACCUCAUUUAUUAUUUAUUAUGAUGUCAUCCUUCAGGUUUCCUGCAACUGUAUCAAAUUUCCUUUCAGGCUUUCUGGACCCACAGAUUUAUAAAAUCUUUGUGUUUUUGUAUCUUA